AUGGCGAGCCACAUUGACAUCGGGGCUCUUAGUGCGAUUUUCGACGAUUCAAAGCCCAAAGUGCCUAAUCCUAUUGUGCAGUGUCUUCAUGUGAAGCUUCUUGCUCCUCCAUCCGGGGGAAAUGAUAGGUAUAGAGCGGUUUUUAGUGACGUGUCGAAUUUUGUGCAAACCAUGCUAGCAAGCUCUCUGAACCAUGUUGCGUCCAGUGGAGCUUUGCGCCGUGGAUCAUUCGUAAGGCUAAAAUCGUUCCAAGCCAAUUCUGUCAAAGGCAAGCGAAUCCUGAUCGUGUUAGAUCUUGAUGUUCUCGAAGAUUUGGGAGAAUGCGACAGGGUUGGGGAACCAAAGGCACUGGAGAUCACUUCCUCCGAAGCAGAAAACUCCGCUUCUACGUCGAUCUCUGGUAAUGGGUUCUACGGCGCGCAACGACAGAAUCCACCGCCACAGCCCCAGCAACAGUACCACCAACGGACUGGUAUACCGACAAUGGCCCCUGUUCACGCCAAUAUCUAUCCGAUUGAGGCAUUGUCGCCAUACUCUCAUAAAUGGACCAUUAAAGCCAGAUGCACGAGUAAAUCUGCGAUUAAAACUUGGAAAAAUAGGAAUGGUGAGGGAAAGCUUUUUAACGUCAACCUUUUGGAUGAUAGUGGAGAGAUACGAGCUACGGCAUUCAAGGAGCAAUGCGAUUUGCUUUAUCCACUUUUCGAAGAAGGCAGUGUAUAUUAUAUAUCCAGCCCAUGCCGUGUUCAAAUGGCAAAGAGGGAAUUUAGCAAUGUGAAUAACGACUAUGAACUCACAUUUGAGAGGGAUACCGUUGUUGAGAAGGCAGAGGACAAUGAAGAUGUCCCUCGGUUGCGUUAUAAUUUUACGAGCAUUGCCGAUUUACAGUCCGUGGAGAAAGGAACAACCAUUGACAUAUUAGGAGUUUUGAAAACCGCGGAUCAAGUCACGGACAUUCCAUCCAAGUCAACUGGCAAAAGGUAUACCAAGCGAGAGCUUACGCUGGUUGAUGAUACUGGGUACUCUGUUCGGCUUACUAUCUGGGGUACAAUGGCCACCUCUUUUGAGGAGAUGCCUGCAUCAGUCCUUGCCUUUAAAGGCGUUAAAGUUUCUGAUUUUGGGGGGAGAUCCCUAAGCCUCUUGAGUUCUGGCUCAAUGAUAGCAGAUCCAGACAUCGAAGAAGCUCACAAGCUCAAAGGCUGGUAUGAAGCCCAAGGAAAAUUUGACCAGUUUGCAUCCCAUUCAUUCAGCGAUCCAGCAUCAGCAACUGGCUCUCGACAAGAUCCAUUCAAAACAAUCGCUCAAAUUAGAGACGAGCAGCUUGGGAUGUCCGAGAAGCCUGAUUACUUUUUUUUGAAAGCAACUGUGAUUUUUGUCAAGCAAGAUAGCAUGUGCUAUCCUGCUUGUCUUCAAGAAGGAUGCAACAAAAAGGUUAUUCAGCUUGACUCUGGACAAUGGCUAUGUGAACACUGUGAAAAGUCGCAUACUAAACCUGAAUAUCGAUAUAUCCUUUCUACAAAUGUAGCCGACCACACUGGCCAACUGUGGCUAAAUUGCUUUGAUGAUGUGGGACGUUCUAUUAUAGGAAUGACUGCAGAUAGUCUUAUGGAGUUAAAAGAGAACGAUGACAAGGCCGCGAGUGAAUCUGUUCUAGACGCAAACUGCCAGACGUGGAAUUUCAAGUGCAGAGCAAAACUCGAUACCUACCAGAAUCAGCAACGGGUUCGUUAUCAAGUUUUGACUGCUACUCCGAUAAACUAUUCAGUCGAAGCUUCUAAAAUUGCUGAUUUAAUCGCCAUGUAUGAUAUCUCUUAA